UCUGAGAGGCAAAAAAUGGUGAUCAUUCUGAUGCUGGUGAAUCGAGCCAUAGGGGAACACUAUACUAUCUCCUCAAUGCUCUUGCAAAGUGGCAAGUGUUACUGGAAAGGAAGCACGUUUAUUCCCCUGAGGGAAUCCGAUUCACUUUUGCACUUAACAGCGAAUUGAAAAAAAAAAAAAAAGGAAAGUAGACUUAAAGGCGAAAAAUCAAUGAUUGGUGGUGGAAGUUCAGAGAGGGCAAGUGAUGAUGGACAGAGCAAAAUUAUUAUCAAAUCUCAUGAAAGGUGGAGCUACCGUACAGUAGAUCGAAAUAGAGUAUUCGUGUUUAACGAAAAGGAGAAUUUUAUGGAGAGAUUCCUUAUUCGGAGGGACAACGAAGUUAAGGGAUUCAAGGCACUUGGUAUUUAUGGUGUGGCCGGAGUUGGAAAGACGACACUUUGCCAAUUGACUUUCAACAACAAGCAAGUAAUGAACCACUUUUUCCCUCAGAUUUGGGUUUGUAUGUCAAAAUCCCCCGAGGAUGUUGUUGACUACAUAGAAGAGGUUGUCCAGAGGAUGCGCAAACAUCGAGGUCUUCGGGGGUUACUUUUUGCUCUCCGAAGUGUACUAAAAGGUAGAAGGUAUUUGAUUGUGCUUGAUGACGCUUUCUAUAUUGAUAAUUUCUUCGAUAACUUAUGGUCGGAACCAAAAUUGGAAGAUAAUUGUACUGAAAAACUCGCGCUUGGAUUGCCAAAACAACAGAGUGGAGCUGUUAUUGUCAUGACUUGGUCAGAGGAAUUGGAGAAGGAAAUGGUUGGCGAGGAGAACGUACAUCCCCUUCUGCCAUUGCAAGAUAAGAGUUGUCAUGAGAUAUUCGAAGAUUCAUCUGGAGAAAAAGUGAAGCAAUUGCUUAACUUUCAGACUGAUCAUGAUCUAGAGGAUACAUUUAUGAGCAAAUUUGGUGGCCUCCCUUUGGCUGCCAAGAUAAUGGGGAAAAUCAUGGAACAAGAACUGACUAAAAUGCCUGCAAACACAACAUCACUCGACUGAAAGCAUGUCGUGAGUCUCGUGACAUUGAUUUUCUUAAAAGCUGCGGGUCUG